AUGCUUCAAUUUGGACUUGUUUCUAAUCUUUUCUCUAUCGGCCAGUGCUCCUUGUUCGGUCUGGCUCUGGGCUUUUCUCCUGCUAGAUCCGAUAUACACUCUCUUCUUGGGUCAGAGAGGUGGCUGGAUGAUCUUGUCCUCUGCCAAGCGUUGACUGGGCCUGUCUGUGCCUUAGCCUGCCCGGUGACGAGUCCGCCGUGCGAGAAGCGUCAGUCUUUCUGGAAAUUCAGACUUCACCUGCCCUAG